UAUAUUUUGAGGAGGCAGCUGAUGCAACACUGGACUGAGAUAACACAAGCAUCAAGUCAAAGCUGAAGACUAGAGGAUCAGCUCAGAAAAGAGGAAGCCACAUCUUAUUUCCACAGAGAGAGUCUUACAGGAGUUUCUCCUGCGUUUUAUCCUCGUCGAUACACCGGUACCAGCAUGCCUGUCAUCAGAAGCCUCAGCAAGGUGGCCCAGAAGGCCCUGCUCAGCACCCCGGGGUGCGGCUGCCAGCCCCUCACAGUGGCUGUGCGCAACAUCAGCUUCUCCCCUCGCCAGGUGACGUCUGAUGCCAGCUUCCACUCUGUGUCCUUCUCUGAAACAGACCACCCCAAGGUGCUCAUCACAGGAGGUCUGGGUCAGCUCGGAGUUGGACUUGCCAAACUGUUGAGAAAGAGGUUUGGAAAGAACAACGUCAUCCUGUCUGACAUCAGAAAACCACCAAGCAACGUUUUCCACAGCGGCCCCUUCAUCUACUCAGACAUCCUGGACUACAAGAACCUUCGGGAAAUCGUGGUGAACAACCGCAUCACCUGGCUGGUUCACUACAGCGCCCUCCUCAGUGCUGUCGGAGAGGCCAACGUCGCCCUGGCUCGUUCUGUGAACAUCACCGGCCUCCAUAACAUCUUGGACAUCGCAGCUGAGCACGGCCUGCGUCUGUUUGUCCCGAGCACCAUUGGCGCCUUUGGGCCAACUUCCCCCCGCAACCCAACACCAGAUCUGUGUGUGCAGAGACCUCGCACUAUCUAUGGCGUCUCCAAAGUCCACGCUGAGCUCAUGGGAGAGUACUACCACCACCGCUACGGCCUGGACUUCCGCUGUCUCCGCUACCCAGGAAUCAUCUCCGCGGACUCCAUGCCCGGAGGCGGCACGACAGACUACGCUGUACAGAUUUUCCACGAUGCGAUCAAAUCCGGAAAGUUCGAAUGCAACUUGCAACACAACACACGGCUGCCCAUGAUGUACAUCGACGACUGUCUGCGCGCCACCCUGGAGGUGAUGGAGGCGCCCGCUGACACGCUGAGCAUGAGGACCUACAACAUCAACGCCAUGAGCUUCACCCCCGAGGAGCUGGCCCUGGAGCUGCAGAAACAGAUGCCUGAGCUGGAGGUCACGUACGAUGUGGACCACGUACGACAGGCUAUCGCUGACAGUUGGCCCAUGAACUUCGACGACUCCAACGCACGGAACGACUGGGGCUGGAAACACGACUACGACCUGCCAGAGCUCGUCCAGACAAUGCUCAACUUCUUCGGCGCGGAGCGACUCAUGGCUCGUGCUCACUGAGGCUGCGCAGCGCUCAGAGCGUUGUUUGCUGAGUAUUCUUUGUACAUAAUGUAAAGACUGACCAAAGAGAAUAGAGAAACCUGGCCUGUACAUAGUCGUUCUCUCACUUCUCUGUUAAAUCAGAAGGGCUCUGCUUGCCUGGCUUGAGGCUUCCCUGUCUACAGAGUGUAAAAAAAGGUUGGUGCGGGCUAGACAAUCCUCCCCGCUCCCGUCUUAUCCACCCCUGCUUUCCUCUUUUUUAUGGUAAGAGUCAAAUAAAAGGUUGUCAGCAGAAUCAGGGAUACCAACGCGGCCUGUGAAAACCUGUCGAAUGGAAAAGGAGAUGGCUUGCAUGUUGAUGAACUGCAUAAAAUUUUGCAAUGUUUUCUUGGCAAAAAUCAAUAUAACAAACUACGAAUGUUGCAUUGUGUAACUGUGAGUGUAUCUACCACUUUUUCUUAGGAGAUCUGUCAGAAUUUUGCAAUCUGAAAAUUUUCAAGGAUUUUCUGAAUUCAGGUAUUAAGGGUGUUUAAAACGCCCGGGGCAAAAAAUCCAGUUUAUUCAGUAGAGGAAUGUACAAAUACACAAGAUGUGUCAUAUGAUGCACUUUAGACACAUUAAAUCCUAAAAAGAAAGUAAAUGAGCCUUGAUCACCUGCAGGGGCGACUUCUGAUACAGUGCAUCUGUAUGUUCGAGCAGCGCGGAGCGAUAAUUCAUGAGAAUUUCUUCUGUUAUUCCACGUUUCGUUAUUUAUUCUGUCUGUCGGUGUUAAACAUGUGGGAGCUGCAACAAGUGAAAGCGUUUCUUAACACUCUCUGUUUUCUAAAUGUUCCUGUCCACUUUAUGUUAUUUUAUUUUUUCAUCCGUUCUGGGGGAUUUCUUUCGACACAAAAGGGGAAAAAUGUGAAACGCGUUCAUUCAGCCACACGUGGUGGUUUUUUCUGUAAUUUCAUCAUUUUGUAAAAGAAAUGCUGGAAGUGGUUUCUAUGUGAAAGUUUUGGCAGGACCUGUCUGUUCUUUCGAUCACACAACGAGCUUUGACAAUAAAAGCCUUUUUUCCAAAUA